GACAAAACAACAAAACAUCCGCAUGAGAGACAGUCAAAAACCAAAGGAAAGUGUUGAGAACGCUUUAAAGUGACACAGCAGGUGUGUGGAGUUUGGUUCAGGAUGCGGCCGGCUCUGUUCCUCUGUCCCGUCCUGAUCUCUCUGUUAUUCCUUCUGUCUGGACUGACAGUCAUCAGCGGCUGUAACAAAGCUCUGUGUGCCAGUGACGUCAGCAAAUGUCUUCUGCAGGGUCUGUGUCAGUGCCAGCCGUCGGAGGGAAACUGUUUGUGUUGUAAGGAGUGCAUGCUGUGUUUGAGCUCUCUGUGGGAGGAGUGCUGCGACUGUGUCGGAAUGUGUAACCCCAGGAAUUACAGCGACAGUCCUGCCACCUCCAAGAGCACCGUGGAGGAGCUGUACCGACCAAUCCCGUCGCUCUUCCGCGCUCUGACCGAAGGCGACGCCCCCAUUAACAUGAUGGUCGUGUCGUUCCCCGUGGCGGAGGAACUUUCCCACCACGAGAACCUCGUGUCUUUCCUGGAGACUCUCGACAGCCAGAGCCACAACAUCUCACUGCCGGGCAGCAGCAGCGUACAUGAUGGUGCGUACCUGGGGGAAAAGAUAUUAAAACAUGAUUUUAUCUUGUUUAUGAUUAAACUCUUUAAAAGAAUAGCUUAGCCAAAAAUUAGCAUCUGGUUUAACAAUGAAUAUGCUAUUUUCCACACAAGGAAAGUGGAUGGUGUUUUAUGCUGUCAAGCUUUAAAGUGCAACUUAAAAAUAGUAUUAAAUCUGUACAGCUGUGCACUUUGUUAUGGAAAAUUAUUAUUCAGCUUGCUAACAAGCUUAAAUAUUUCACCUCAAGAUCUCAUUUUUUGGUUCACAAAAGAAAGAAAAGUGUUUGGAAUGAG